ACGGCCCGCCUCCUCCACCGGAGACGAUAUAGGAUCAAAGCCGCUGCCCGCUGCCCGCCGCCCGCCGCAUCGCAUGGCCAACCGCCACUACGUUUUCGCGGAUGACUUGGAAAUCCCCCCAACGAGAAGGCCAACCCCAGAGAGGAUGAUCCCUCCUGGCUUGCCGCCGGCCGACGGUCAGGACCCCCCGGAGGGGUGGACUCCGAUCCGUAUUCAGUGUCAGUACGUCACGGAACCCGACGGCACUCCGUCCACCCUGCUCCUCUACGGCAGGCCAUGCGCUGCACCUGCACCUCAGCACCACUGGCCAGACGCAAGCACCGAUGACCGACCCGAGCGGUAUGAUGGUCGCCGGUGGUCACCCGAGCCUCUCGAAGUCGAAGGAGCGACGAGGGUGGUGCGCCUUGCCGAGAUGCUCUCGCUGGACCAGCUCCAAGCCGACGACGAGUACCAGCAGUUGGUGGAAGAUGUCUCGGAUGAGGCGCGCAGGUUCGGGGACCUGGUGAAGGUCGUGAUCCCGCGGCCUGGUCCUGGUGCUGAUCCGGUGGUCGCCGGAGCCGGGAAGGUGUUCCUGGAGUACGCGUGCCUCGACCACGCGCUCCGAUGUUGGGACCGCAUGGAUGGCAGGUGGUUUGCUCGGAGGCAAAUUGUCGCUGGGUUCUACCCUGAGGACAUGUUUGCUGCCGGAGACUACAGCUGUGACGGACAGAAUUAGAUUCAAUUACGAACUUUGUACUUGAUCCCUCCGCAUAAUAAGUGUCAGGUUUAGUCUAAAUUUGUCGAGUCUAAAUUUAAAAUAAGGGAGUGUCUAAUCACCAGUUAGAUG